AUGGCGCCGUCUAAUCCGUUGGCUAAUUGGGAGAGAGUGGGGGAUAGCUUCUACCGGAAGGUUGCUGUUUACGACGCCAUUUUCGAUGAGGAUGUCGAGUUGGAGAACUACAUCAUAGCGGGCGCCCCGUACGGGGGAGCGAUAGCUUUACAUCGGGAUGAGAGCAGAAUGCAAAGAUUUCGGGACAGCCAUACAACCAAGUCCAGCAUUGACAUCUAUUCCAACUCCGGGAAACUUAUUAAUCGAAUCAAUUGGGAAUAUGGCACUAUUCGGGGACUCGGCUGGUCCGACAAAGAAGAAUUGCUGGUUGUUACUGAAGAAGGUACCGUCCGGCGAUAUUUCGGUCUGCACGGAGACUUCACUUCUUUCUCUCUAGGAAAUGGAGCUGAAGAAUACGGCGUGAGAGGUUGCCGAUUUUGGACGUCGGGAUUUGUUGCACUGCUUUCCAAUAAUCAAUUGGUUGCUGUCUCCAAAUAUGAUGAGCCACGGCCAAAGCUUCUUGCCCCCUGCCCAGAGGGAGAAGUUUUCACGUGGUCUUUGAUCCCCCCGGCUUAUACUCUGUCUCGUUCUGUUGAGGUCUUGCUUGCCGUUGAUAAGACGGUGUACCUGAUCGACCCUACAGACGCCGAGGAUAAAGUCCUCCAGAAUGGGCCUUUCAAGCAUGCCAGUGUCUCUCCUACUGGACGUUUUGUGGCACUUUUUACAGGCGAGGGAAAGAUAUGGGUAGUGAGCAGUGAUUUUCAGAGCAAAUUCAGUGAAUAUGAUCCAAAAUCCCGGACUCUUCCCACUACAGUGGAAUGGUGUGGUGACGAUGCUGUGAUCCUUGCAUGGGAAGAUGAGAUCCACCUUGUUGGUCCAAAUGGAGUUGCUACCAGGUAUUUUUAUGACGGGCGAGUCCAUGUCAUCCCAGAGUUUGAUGGAGUACGGCUCAUUACAAAUGAUGCAUGCGAGUUUUUGCAUAAGGUUGCCGAUGUGACGGAGGAAAUAUUUCGGUUUGGAUCUACUUCCCCUGCCUCGGUGCUUCUAGAUUCUGUAGAUUUGCUGGAAAAGAAGUCUCCCAAGGCAGACGAGAAUAUCCAACGGAUUCGCUCGAGCCUACCCGAGGCAGUCGACACCUGCGUCAAUGCUGCCGGCCAAGAGUUCGAUGGUUAUUGGCAAAAGCGGCUGCUGAAAGCUGCUUCCUUUGGCAAAUCUGUUUUGGAACUGUACAACAGCGACCAAUUUGUAGAGAUGACCGAGAAGCUUCGUGUAUUGAAGGCAGUGAGGGACUACCAGAUUGGGCUACCGAUUUCUUACGAACAAUACAUGCGACUCACUCCCGAAAGACUAAUUGAGCGUCUAGUAAACCGGCAUGAAUAUCUACUCGCCAUUCGGGUUUCAGAAUACCUCCAAAUCCCAGCUGACAGGAUCUAUGUCCAUUGGGCGAGUCAAAAAGUCAAAGUUUCUACGGUCGACGACGAAGCUGUCUGCAAACUUAUCGUGCAAAGACUGGACGGGAAGCCAAGGAUAUCAUUUGAAAUUAUUGCGCAGGCUGCUCAUGAUGAGGGGAGAGCUCACCUGGCAACCCAACUUCUGAACUAUGAACCACGGGCCGGAAAGCAGGUUCCAUUAUUGUUGAACAUGGAGGAAGACGAAAUUGCCCUUGACAAGGCAAUUGAGAGUGGUGACAAUGAUCUGGUGUACUAUGUGCUUUUGCACCUCAAGGGCAAGCUUCCUUUGGCAAGCUUCUUUAGAAUGAUCAAUACUCGGCCUAUGGCUUCGGCACUCGUGGAAACCUCUGCGCGAGGAGAGGACCCAGAGUUACUAAAGGAUCUAUUCUACCAAGAUGACCGUCCUAUCGAUGGUUCGAACGUUCUUCUUUCCGAAGCGCUUAAUGAAACCGAGGUACAACGCAAAACUGAAAAGCUCCAGCUCGCAUCUCGUUUACUAUCAGACUCCAAAGAUGCGACAGUGGUUUUACAUCAAAAGUUGCUUAAUGAAGCCUCGCAAUUGCUCAAGGUCCAGGAGAAUCUAGACAAAGAAAUUGCAGAUCGGUCUGAAUUUGUCGGCCUGAGUUUGAACGAGACGGUCUACAGAUUAAUCAGGUCAGGUUACGGCAAAAGAGCGCAGAGGAUUCAAAGUGAAUUCAAGAUGCCAGAGAAGACAUAUUGGUGGUUGAGAUUAAGAGCCUUGGUCGCCAAGCGCGAUUUUGGCGAACUGGAAGAAAUUGGCAAGAAUAAGAAGUCUCCGAUAGGAUGGGAGCCUUUUUAUAACGAAGUAUUGGGUGCUGGAAACACGAAGCUUGCUUCGCUAUUUAUUCCGAAAUGCACAAAUCUACCUGCCGAGGACAGGAUUGAGAUGUGGGUGAAAUGUGGAAUGAUUGUGAAAGCCGGAGAAGAAGCCCUGAAGGCGAAGAACGUUGAUGCCCUCGAGCUCCUACGGACGAGAGCUUCCGGGCCGGCCGUUUCCGAUAUCGAUCGAAUGAUCAACCAACUAAGACCGAGGAAAUAG